CUGGUCCCAAUAAUGCCCAGUCCUAAUGCUGACCAGUCCCAAUUGUGACCGUUCCUAACAGUAACGGGUCCUAAUAGCAGCCAGUUUAAUAGUGCCCAGUCCUUAUGGUGACUGCUCCUAAUAGUGCCCAGUCCUAACAGUGACCAGUUCUUAUACUGAGCAGUCCUAAUAGUGACCCUUCCUAGUGAUCACCAUUCCUAAUGGUUACCAGUCCUAAUAGUAACAGGUCCAGUUCUAAUAGUGCCCAGUCCUAACAGUGCCUGGUCCUAAUGGCAUCCAGUCCUCACAGUGACAGUUCUUAUAGUGGCUGGUCCCGAUAGCGCCCAAUCCUGACGGUGCCGGUACCGGCGGUGCCACCCCAGCUCCCGGUGCCGCGGGGCGGCCGCAGGGGCUCGUUCCCAUGGGGGAUUCCCCGCAGAUGGGGCCGGGGCCCGGCGGGACGGCGGGAGGAGACCCCGCUCCCGCUCCCGCCCCCGCCGAGCCCCGCCCCGGGCCCGCCCCCAGCCCCGCCCGGCCCAGGUGGAGGCGGCGGCGGCCGCCGCGGGACCGGCACCGGGAGUGGCACCGGGGGCAGGAGCGGCAGCGGGCCGAGGAGGAAUUGGGCCGUGUCCCGGGGCUCCCGCGCGUGAAGGACGGAGGCAGAGGAAGGCUGCCGUGGGUGUUUGCCAUCACUGCACAGGAUCCCUGUCACUCUUAUGAGGACCCAGCCUGUACUCACCCACAAGCUCCUGGGGGAAUACUUCUCCCCCUGUGGCUGACUCCCUGCACUCUGCCAGCCUGCCGACCACCGCCGGCCCGAGAUGUCAGCCGGGGACAAGAACGGGGGCAGCCGCUCCAGCAGCAGCCGCCUGCAGAGCAAGAAGCCCCCCAACCUCUCCAUCGUCAUCCCCCCCCGCGAGGCCGAGGAGGAUGGCGCCCGCAAGGAGCCCUCCAAGGUGCCCAUCUACCGCAAGAGCAAGAGCCUGCAGGAGCCCCGCCCGGAGCGCCGGCCCGGCUUCCGCCGGCAGACGUCCCUGUCCCAGAGCAUCCGCAAGUGAGGGCAGGCUGGGCUCCAGCCGUGGCUGGCUCACUCGCAGGGGGCCAUGUCAGGACACUGGGCACGGCGCAGUGGUUCGGCGUCAGCAGCGACUGGGAGGGGAAGCGGCAGCAGUGGCAGCGCAAGAGCCUGCAGCACUGCAGCAUGAGGUACGGCAAGCUGAAGCCUGCCUAUCGCGACAUGGAGCUGCCCAGCCAGGAGGUGCCCUCCUUCCAAGCCACCGAGUCACCCAAGCCCGCCAAGAUGCCCAAGAUCGUGGACCCGCUGGCCAGGGGCCGUCCCUUCCGCCAUCCCGACGAGACCGACCGUCCCCACACGCCCCACCACGUGCUGCCCCCGCUCACCCCCGGCGUCGUCUCCUUGGCGUCCUUCAACAGCGUCCGCUCGGGCUACGGCCGCCUGCCGCGCAGGAAGAGGGAGUCUGUUGCCCACAUGAGCUUCAAGGCGGCCGCAGCCCUCCUCCGUGGGCGCUCUGUCCUGGAGCCACUGGCUCCCAAGCAGAGGAGCAAGAGGAGCUUCCUGUACCCCAGCUUCAUGGAUGAGGACAUGGUGGAUGCUGCUGAUACCCUGGACUCUUCCUUCUUCAGUAAGAUGGACAUGCACGAUGAGACAUACUCCAUGCCCGAUGACGUCUUUGAGUCACCUCCUCUAUCAGCCACGUACUUACGCAUGCACCAGGUGGCAGAGGAAGCCAGGGUGUCCCCCGAGGUGGAGCAGCCCGCCCUGCGGGAGGGUGCCCGGCUGGCUUCGGUGUCGGGCGGCGCGGGCCCGGCUCCGCGGCGGGGCAGGCGCAUCGCCUCCAAGGUGAAGCACUUCGCCUUCGACCGCAAGAAACGCUACUACGGGCUGGGGGUGGUGGGCAAGUGGCUGAACAGGACCUACCGGCGCAGCCUGAGCAGCAUCGUGCAGUCCCAGCUGGAGAUCACCGACAGCCACCGGCCGUAUUUCACAUACUGGAUCACCUUUGUCCACAUUCUCAUCACCCUGCUGGUCAUCGGCACCUACGGCAUCGCCCCCAUCGGCUUCGCCCAGCACGUGACGACAGAGUUAGUGCUGAGGAACAAGGGUGUCUACGAGAGUGUCAAGUACAUCCAGCAGGAAAACUUCUGGAUCGGGCCCAGCUCGAUCGACCUGAUCCACCUGGGAGCCAAGUUCUCCCCGUGCAUCCGGAAGGACCGGCAGGUGGAGCGGCUCAUCCAGCGCGAGCGGGACCGGGAGCGGGGCUCCGGCUGCUGCGUCCAGAACGACAACUCAGGCUGCAUCCAGACCCUGCCACAGGACUGCUCAGAGACACUGGCAACGUUCAUCAAGUGGCCGGGCAGCAACGCACCAGCCAUGGGCUCGGGAGAGAAGCGGACCUCGGGGGCUGUGUGUCACCAGGACCCCAGGACAUGUGAGGAGCCUGCGUCCAACCCACCCCAUGUGUGGCCAGACGACAUCACCAAGUGGCCGAUCUGCACCUACGAGACCAAAACCAACCACACGGGCUUUGCCCACCUGGACUGCGAGAUCAAGGGCAGGCCCUGCUGCAUCGGCACCAAGGGCAGCUGCGAGAUCACCACGCGGGAGUACUGCGACUUCAUGCACGGCUACUUCCACGAGGAGGCAACGCUCUGCUCGCAGGUGCAUUGCCUGGACGAGGUCUGUGGGCUCCUGCCCUUCCUGAACCCAGAGGUCCCUGACCAGUUCUACCGCCUGUGGCUGUCCCUGUUCCUGCAUGCUGGCAUCAUCCACUGCCUGGUGUCGGUGACGUUCCAGAUGACGGUGCUGCGGGACCUGGAAAAGCUGGCAGGCUGGCAUCGCAUCUCCAUCAUCUUCAUCCUCAGUGGCAUCACGGGCAACCUGGCCAGUGCCAUCUUCCUACCCUACAGGGCCGAGGUGGGCCCUGCCGGCUCCCAGUUCGGCUUGCUGGCCUGCCUCUUCGUUGAGCUCUUCCAAAGCUGGCAAGUGCUGGAGAAACCCUGGAAAGCCUUCCUCAACCUCUUUGGCAUCGUCCUCUUCCUCUUUAUCUGUGGCCUCUUGCCCUGGAUCGACAACAUCGCUCACCUCUUCGGCUUCCUCAGCGGGCUCCUGCUGUCCUUCGCCUUCCUGCCCUACAUCACCUUCGGCACGCUGGACAAGUACCGCAAGCGCGCCAUGAUCAUCGUGUCCCUGCUGGUCUUCGUGGGGCUCUUCGCCUCGCUGGUGGUGUGGCUCUACGUGUACCCCGUGAACUGGCGCUGGGUGGAGUACCUCACCUGCCUGCCCUUCACCAGCAAGUUCUGCGAGAAGUACGAGCUGGAGCAGGUCCUGCACUGACCCUGCUGGCGGGGACGGGGCUGGGACGGGCGGUGUUUUCCACGGGGUGGGUCCUCCCCAGCCUGUGGGACAAGGUGGUGGCUGCUUCAGGAUGGGGCAGAUGCUGGGCAUGGCUCCAUCCUCAGGGAGGGUGGGUUUGGGGUACCCCUUGCUCAACGCUGGGGGUGCAGGGCUGAGGCAGCCCUGCCUUGAACCCCUUUGGGGCUCCCUCCUGAUGCUGGAAAGCCGUAACGGGCUUGGGGACUGACUCUGGCUGCUGCCUGUGUGGGGAAAGGGCUGAGGGAAGCAGGAUUUGGUUUAUCCAUGGCCAGGCUGGACUCCCAGUCCUGGGGUGAAGUUGCUGAAGUCUCCAGCCUGUGUCCCUGCCUGCCUGGGGCCCUGUCCCACCUCGGUGCCCUGCAGCACUGCAGCUCAUACUGUGAACACAACCCCCUUUUUGCAGGGGCACUUUUUUUAUCCACAGCUCUUUAGGCCCAGGGUUUCCCCCUUUUGGGCUCUCUGGAGUCUCUGUCGUGGCUCCAAGAUGUUCAGGGCUGAGCUUCAAAGAUAUUUUUCAGUCCUGUUCCCCCUGAGGUGCCCAAGGAGGCUUGUGUCUUCCUGCCUGGCUCGUCACUGGAUGGAGAGGCAGGACUUGGGACAGGGGGCUUUUCCUUCCCUUAUUUCAGUGAAAUUCUCCUUUUGGAAGGGGAGGAGUGGCAAGGACCCUGUUUGUAGUGCCAUGGUGGGAGGCAGACAUGGAGAAAAACCCCCUGGGGGGCUCGUGUGGCUGCUCCUGGAGCCCACAGACCUCUCAGGAAGCUGUUGGCACUCCCACCUUCUGUCUUGAGUCCCUGCUGUUUCCCUUUUCCCUUUUUCAAAACAUGGAAACCCAGGCAGCCCUUCCUUCCUCCAGUGGUGCUGCUCAGGUGUAGAAGUGCAGGAUGGGGCAGUCACCUUCCCUCUUCCCUGCCCAAGGCUGCACAGUCCCACCUGCCCCCAGCCCUGGGCUGCCCUCCGCAGCAUCUCCUCCUCCUCCUUGCCACCAGCCAUGGCACGAAGGCAGGUCCUUCCUGGGGUCCAGGUGACCCCUGUGGGCUGGUUUGGACCCAGGCUGGUGCCAGGCUCUCUCCCCCCUGAGAUGUGUUGCUUUGGUGCUGGAAGCCUCAGUGCUUUUAAAUGGGGGCGGGUGGGAAUGCCCCAGUUAGGAUGUCCUGGGAUGAAUAUUCAAGGGCUGAGAGCCUGGCUCCCUCUCCACAGCCACUUGCUGAGUGAGCCCAGGAGCAUCUGCCUCCGUCCCUGCAUCCCUCCCUCCACCCUGGGCCGGUUUUCAGCCCCACUCUGUCCCUCCAGUUGCUGCUCCAGCCAAAGACAGACACUUCACCUCAUUUGUCUCUUUUUGAUACUUUUUUAAAAAGCUGUGGGUUCCCCCCCAUCCUUAAUAAAUUUCUACCUGUAUUUAAUGAGA